ACACUCAAUUCAAUGAAAAUAAGAAUUAACAAAUAUAAUAUGAAUGACAAUGAAUCAUCUGAGGUUAUGAGGGAUAAAUUAAGUAGGAGAAUGAUAAGAUAAUGAAAUGAUGCAAUUCCGCUAAUUUCGAAUUCACUAUAUAGAUUAGCACGACACGUAUAUUUUGUAGUGUAAAAAAUAGAAUAGCAUGACACGUAGGUAUAAAAUAACACUGCACAACACAUAUAUAAUACAUACUCCAAAUUUCAAAACACGAAAUUCCCCAAUGGUCAAGAACAUGCGAAAUGUAAGAUUGAAGCACGAUGAUGAAUCAAGGAGAUCACAUCCUACUCGAGGUGGAAGAUCCAAAAUCUCGAAUCAAGAUCAAAAUCAAGUUCGACAAGAUCGUCACAUGGUAUAAGAAAUUCAGACUUCGGAGGCUGCCGGAGCAGAAGAUUCCGGCGCCGGCGGUGGUUCCUCCGCCGUGGAUUGAUCUCCCGUUGGAUGUGACGGCGGACAUACUGCACCGGCUGGGAGCGGCGGAGAUGCUGGAGACGGCGGAGAAGGUGUGCAAGACGUGGCGGAGCGUGUGCCGCGACCCGAGCAUGUGGCGGGUCAUCGACGUCAAGAACUCCGGGUCGUGCUACGACACGCGCCGCCUCGGAAGCCUGUGCCGCCGCGCCGUCGACCGGAGCAGCGGCGAUUUGGUGGACAUCAACAUUGAGUAUUUUGGCAGUGAUGAACUUCUUCAUUAUGUUUCCCUAAGGUCAAGUAAGCUGAGACGGCUCCGGCUGUCGUGCUGCAGAAAGUUAUCGGGGAAAGGGCUGAGCGAGGCGGCGAAGAGUUUCCCGCAGCUACAAGAGUUGCACAUCUUAUUCAUGAACCAAAUCGCCAUUGAAGACGUCGAGGCCAUCGGCCGCCAGUGCUCCAGCUUGAGGUCUUUUACGCUCAUCAAACACGAUUCCAUUUCCGGAGUCGGAAAUGGCAACGAUUAUUUAGUAGCGAUUGCAAAAGUGAUGCCCAAUUUAGUUCAUCUUCGACUUGGCUUCUUCGGCUCUACCAUCACAAAUAAAGGAUAUCAGGCCAUUCUUGAUGGUUGUCCAAUUGUUGAAUCACUGAUAUGUUGGUAGUCUAAUUUGGAAAGUUCCAUCUCUUUAUGGUAAUGUUUCUUCUUUGCAUUAAUUAUUUAUGUUGAAUUUUGAAUCUCUUUUCUGCGUGGAUGAUUAAUUAUUUUCAGAAUUACUUGGACGAAAAGAGGGUGAGGUGCGUGGACAGAAGCACUUUACUGAUAUGAUAUGUGUCAAAGAUGAAAGAUGAAUAUGUACCAAAGAAAUAGGGUAAUUUGAAAAUUAUUUUAUACUACUAUAAAAUACUAGUACAAAUAUAGCUUAUACUAUACCAUAUAGUGAGAUCGUCCUAC